AUUACCGAGGAGCAUUUCAGACGGGGCACAAUUCGUAUUCAAUGGGGGCCCUGGUGAGAAUCGAAUUAUAUGAAUUUUUUUUCCCGGGUUGUUAUUGCGUGACUUUUACGAUUGCCUUUAUUUUACAAGCCUAGGGAUUUCUAUCGCACAGGAAAAGAUGCAUAAGAUGGGCCCAGUGACGCCAUAAUAAUUUUAUUUGUCGAAUAUCAAAAACCUCGUUCAUUCGGAUUCUGCAGGCAGGCGGACGUAUAUUACCAGAAAGUCCACGCAUGAUCAUAUGCCUCGUAAUGGCAAACCAAUUAUUUUAAAUACAAAAUAUUGAUGCUAGAAUUACUGGCGGGCUUCUCGUAAAAAAUCAGGCUAAAAACUAAAUAAAAGGAGAUAGUUUAGAGCCCUCUAAAUCUGGGGAGGGUAAACGGGACCGUGCCAGUAGUAUCCCUUUUCAUCUUUAUCUCAAUUAUAUAAUUAAAAUAGAGGUUCGCUGGGCAUAUGGCAUGUGCGCAAUCUACGAGUUUUUUUGGGUUGAUUGGGAGAUCUAACAGUUCGAUCUCUGUACCCGCUAAGUUUGGAUAUCCUAGUGAAAGUUUCGGUUGUACUGGUCUCGGCGGCUGCAGGAGCAAAUUGAGGUGGAGUAGGCUGCGAAGAGGAAUGUCGCCUGUCACAGCAAAUAUAUCACAUUCAGCAGGGGAAGCGAAAGCAAUGGCACAAGACAUUGCUGACGGGGAUCUCGUUUUGCCCUCUGACCAAUUCAAAAAUCAGGCUUUGAUAUCCUCUUUCGAUCAAUAUCUAGCUAUGUACAAUAGAUCUAUCCAGGAUCCAGCUGGUUUCUGGGCUGAUAUUGCAUCUCAGUUUCACUGGAAUGCUAAAUGGGGCUCAGAAAUUUGCUCUCAGAAUUUUGACGUGCGCAAUGGACAAAUAGAAAUUGAGUGGUUCAAAGGUGGAGUUACAAACAUAUGCUAUAAUGCAUUAGAUAGACAUAUCAAGGCUGGAAAAGCCAAUGACAUUGCGAUUUACUGGGAGGGCAAUGACCCUGGUUGUGACGGACAGUUAACUUAUAAGGAAAUGUUCAUGAAGGUUUGCCAGCUUUCCAACUACUUGAAAGAUGUUGGUGUCAAGAAAGGAGACGCAGUGGCAAUUUAUUUGCCUAUGUUAACAGAACUGCCAAUAGCAAUGCUGGCUUGUGCUCGCAUAGGUGCUGUCCAUUCGGUCGUAUUUGCUGGAUUUUCAUCUGAUUCCCUUGCCCAACGAAUUCUAGACUGCAAACCUAAAGCAGUCCUAACCUGCAAUGCUGUUCGACGGGGGGCAAAAAUUGUCAAUCUGAAAGAAAUAGUAGAUAAUGCUCUGGAAGAAUCAUCUAGGAAUGGAGUAUCUGUAGGUGUUUGUUUAACAUAUGCAAACGAGUCUGUAUUAAACAAAGAAAAGACACCAUGGAAAAAAGGAAGAGAUGUCUGGUGGCAGGAGACUGUUCCAAACUACCCAACAGCAUGUGAAGUUGAAUGGGUUGAUGCAGAAGAUCCACUUUUUCUCUUAUAUACAAGUGGCAGCACAGGAAAGCCUAAGGGUGUUCUACAUACUACUGGUGGAUACAUGGUUUACUCAGCCACAACAUUCAAAUAUGCUUUUGACUACAAGCCAAGCGAUGUAUACUGGUGUACAGCUGAUUGUGGAUGGAUCACUGGACAUAGCUAUGUAACGUACGGUCCUCUUCUAAAUGGAGCAACAAUUGUGGUUUACGAAGGAGUACCAAACUACCCUGAUGCAGGACGAUGUUGGGAAAUUGUUGACAAGUAUAAAGUUACAAUUUUCUACACUGCACCAACAUUAGUGCGUUCUCUUAUGUGGUUUGGAGAUGAGAAUGUUCGACGUCAUUCACGCAAAUCAUUGCGAGUUUUGGGAAGUGUUGGAGAGCCCAUAAAUCCAACAGCAUGGAGGUGGUUUUACAACAUUGUUGGAGACGGUCGUUGUCCUAUAUCUGACACUUGGUGGCAAACUGAGACUGGUGGCUUCAUGAUUACCCCUAUACCAGGUGCUUGGCCACUUAAGCCUGGUUCAGCAACUCUUCCCUUCUUUGGUGUUGAGCCUGCUGUUGUGGAUGAAAAUGGGGUUGAAAUGAAAGGAGAAUGCAGUGGCUAUUUGUGCAUAAAGAAGUCAUGGCCUGGUUGUUUCAGAACUCUUUAUGGUGACCAUGAAAGAUAUGAAACAACUUACUUUAAACCCUUCAAAGGUUAUUACUUCAGUGGUGAUGGGUGUAACAGGGACAAGGAUGGCUACUAUUGGUUAACUGGACGUGUGGAUGAUGUUAUUAAUGUCAGUGGGCAUCGUAUUGGUACAGCAGAGGUAGAAUCUGCUCUUGUUUCAAAUCCAUUUUGUGCUGAAGCAGCUGUGGUUGGGGUAGAGCAUGAGGUUAAAGGUCAGAGUAUUUAUGCUUUCGUGACAAUAGUUGAAGGGGUUCAAUAUAGUGAAGAGCUUCGUACAAAACUUAAAUUAUCUGUUCGAAAUCAGAUUGGAGCUUUUGCUACUCCAGAUAGGAUACACUGGGCUCCAGGUCUACCCAAGACUAGAAGUGGAAAAAUCAUGAGGAGAAUACUGCGAAAGAUUGCUUCAAGGCAAUGGGAUGAACUUGGUGAUACCAGUACACUAGCAGAUCCAGGUGUAAUUGACCAGUUGAUUGAGCUGAGCAAUAUCUAAAACAUUCUUGUUUUGACACAUCAGGUCUGAUUAGUGGUUUGCAGAAAAAUGUGAUCCAACUUCAUUCUCUUUCUUUUGGUGUAUCUGUUUAUCAGUUCACAGAUAUUUACCUCUCUUGUAAUUUUUUUAUGCUCUUGAGAGUAGUCAUUAUGAUUAUAAUUAACACCUUGAAUAAAUUCUCCGUAUAAUGAUAUUGGCAGCAUUACUUUUUGCUGUAGAUCCCACUUAUUCCAUCAGUUUGAUAACUGAUCUUAUGGGAGAGAGACUCGUACAUUUCCAUUAAAUGAUAUGGGGACUUUAUAUGACAUUGUAGUUUCAACUUUUAAGCAUUAAAAGUAAAUUCAAAGCU